UCUCGCUCAGGCUUCAGCGAUCCUUGAUACAAGGACUUGACAAUUCAUAGUCACGAGAACUUUGAGUAGUUCGGAAUUGAAGUCAUGGACCGAAGCAGCGCAGGUGCAUUGCUAGAAGAGGAUCAGCUCCGGCGGAUAUCCCGGUCUAUUCGUCAAUACAUUCCUUGCUCACAGGAAAAUCAGGCCCUCGAUAAUGAAGAAAUCAUAGCAUUCAAAAUUCUCCUUGAUUCUGUUCUCCUUACCAGCGACUCUGCUGGGCUUAGCCCUUCGCAUCGAGUCGCAGCAUGGAAUACAUUAUGUUGCGUGAUCGAUCAGUCCCUAGAGGCUCACGCUCCAGUAAUCGUUCAAGAAAUCAUAUGGGAUGAUGCCUGGGAUCGUGCUACUGUAAUAUAUCUCAACCGAGCGCCAAGUGCCAGGCCAAAAUCUAUGAAGCAGCUUCUCACGACCUUGACCAAUGCUUUACGGAAGUCUCGGGGUGACAAGCUCGACAUUCGCAAGCAGGCCAUCCUAAGACCACUUCUGAGCGGCCUCACAACACAUGGAGAAUCUCAAAAGGCAAAGUCCUGCGCACAACUUCUCGGCAGUCUACUCAGCAGAGAAGUCGUCGGCAUACAAGAGCUACUAAACAUGUAUAGCGAACAACCUGAAGCAGGUCGGGCCACCAAUAAUAGGGUACUUUUUCAACAGUUUCUACGAGAGCUGUUCCAAUGGCUGAGUGAUGGUGAUUUUGGAGCAACGGUCGCGCAACUUGCCUCAACUCUGGUGGACAAAUACGAGUCUGUCGAUGAUGAACCCAAUCCAAACCCCACUGAAGUUCUUUGGAGCGGGCCAUUGAAUGACGCAUUGAUAUGCGGCACUGUCAAGACCGAUGACCUCAAAGCACAUAUCUUACCAGUGUUGUUCAAGCGCAGAUUCUCUGACUUCGUUUUGUUUCUGGAGAGCCAUGGGCUGCGAAGCCUUUGGAAUGACAUUCGGCUUGCUGAGAGUAAGUCUGCAUCGAUGGACCGCAAGGACGAACAUGAUCUGCUUUAUGCGGCUUUGCAAGCCGGUAAGGAGAUAGGUUUCUUAUGUGAGACAGAGCACGAUCAAGUAAUCCAGACUCAAACUACCUUUUCCAUUCCUGUGGACAUUAUGGGCAGACUACUUGUGCGGAGCUCUCGAAAUGCGCGAAUAACCGGCCUUACAUGCCUCAUUGCAUCUCACACAGCCACAAGACCAUUCUCAUUGAUGGCUUUGGGUCUCAUAAAACGUCAUAUCGGCAAUUUUUUCGCCGAUCCCGAUGCGGACUUUCGCAGCGUCGUCUUCAGCAUGUUUCAGAAGCUCAUCGACCGUAUUCGAGCGAUUACGGCGGCGCUAUCACGCCAAGCUUCGCCAAAGGUGCUUGCUCCUAACAUGAAAGUCUCGCCAAACGAAGUCUUGCAAUCACAUCGCGAGUUUGUUCGGUGGUUUAGUGUGUUCUUGACUCGGGAUCUCAGGCCAACCGCAAGCUAUCAGCGGCAUAUCUCAGCAUUGAAAUGUCUUUCGAUUCUAGCGAGAUCGGGCGUAGACACAGGACUGCCUUUGGGCCUUUUGUCCAAAAGCGCACUUGGGGAAACCAAAUGGCCAUUCUCGAUGACAAUAUUCUCCAAAGAUUUGCGACGGAGGUUGAUCGAUCUUCUGUUGGAUCCCUUUGAAGAUGUACGUCAGACUGCCUCUUCGAUCUUAGGUCUCUACUGUGCCAUGCAAGCCGACAACCCAUCCCAAGAUUUCCGACAGGAGGUCGAAAGUGUCCUUAGUCGAGCUGAGACAACAAUGCUUCUCACGGGGCGUGCAGAUCAUGCGGAUGGAGUCGCGCACCUUUACGGUCUCAAAGCACGCUGUGGCAGAAGCCGAUUUUCCGACCAGGUUUCGGACACUGCACCGGCGCAAGCUGUGCUCCAAUCUUUGAUCAGACAGCUGAAUGAGAUGCUAUUAUCUGCUCGACAAGACCUUGCGCAGGCCGUGGCAAGAUAUCCUCUUCAUGGAAUCCUCACAAGUCUGCGAUAUGUUCUGGUACAAAGCUCGGCAUCCGAGAUGACUGAAUUUUGCGUCCAGGUCCAAGACCCCAUGAGUCAGGUUUGGGAAGUGGUGAAGCCAAUCUUGUGCAACGAUGCCCCCGAGGGCUACUUGCCUGAAGACUUUGAAGAAAGCAUAGAUUCAAGUAAGCAGACGCUGAGCUAUUGUUGGCGUGCUCUCAAAGAAGCCAGUCUACUCAUGGGGACGCUCAUAUCUCUUGUGCAAGAUAACAUGUUGUUAGAGCGCAUGGCACAACUAUGCUUCACGCAAUUGGCCGAGCUUCGACACAGAGGAGCCUUCUCGACUGUAGCGCAGACAUGGGCAUCGAUCUGCACCAGAUGCAGUGCCAUAAAUUCGUCGAACGGGAUCUCAUUACUGGAGAAAUGGUAUGGGGAUAUUCUCGGAAUGCUCCGUAACAACAUUACUAUCAAUACUCGGAGAUCAGCAGGUCUUCCUUCACUCCUGUGCGGCAUAUUGAUUGCAGAUACCUCGAGAAGCUUUGUUCACCGAGCGUUUACGGAUUUGCAGACCAUCGCGAAGGCUCCAGUCAUUGCAGCGGCAGAUGAGGAGGGGAGUCUUGCCCAAGUGCAUGCUAUGAAUUGCAUCAAAGACAUCAUGAAAAAUACUCGACUCGGCGAGCACUCUGAAAGGCACAUCUCUCCCACAAUGCGACUGGCUGCAACAGCUUUACAGUCGAGUGUAUGGGCGAUCAGGAAUUGCGGACUGAUGCUCUUCCGUGCUGUGAUCGACCGCCUGCUCGGGACGAGUGAAGCCCAUCUCGACGAAUCGACUGAGCUCGCGAAACAAAUUUUUCUAGCGGAACAGCCUGAGGUGCUUGCUGUCCUGAUGGGAAUCCUUCACGAUUCAGCCGAGGGUAUCGAUCAAGGCUCAUCGAGAUAUGAAGGGGUGUUUCCCAGUUUGCAGCUCGUGCAACAAUCGCGCAUACCGGAAGAUGCUCGUAAUCAGAUCAAAGAUGAUGUUGUCGCAUUGACCGCGAGCCCUCGAUGGCAUGUUCGGGACAAGGCUGCAAGGACGUAUGCUUCUCUCGUUGACUUGUCUGAGGCGGCUUGGGAGUCAGUCGUCUUGAUCGAGACGGGCACAAGCUCACACAACGCUUUUCACGGCAGGCUGAUUGCAGCACGAUAUAUCAUGGCGCAAUUAAGCCUAGCACUUCGAAAGGAUUCAUCAAAUCCUGGUACAACGAUCCCUUCGAUACCGAAAUUCGUGCGCAACGAUCUUGACUACCUCUAUGAACUGGCCUCUCGUUCGUACAAAACAGCGACUUGUGGCUCGAUCCAGGCAGCAUCCAUUGACUUGUUGAGAGAAUUACUGAGAGUUUCAAUCGUACUGCAUCAAGAUAUCACGACAACGGCUUUGCCUGUUCACACGAAUGUAGUCAAGUUCAUCGACAUUGCGAAGGAACUUGCAUCCGAGCCGCUUAAAGCGGCGUCUGCUGCAGGUGUGAGACAGGCUUUGGCACGCUUCGCAGCCGUGCAAGUAUGCUAUACGGCUGUCAAUGUCUCUCAACUUUGCAACGCCGUCACAGAGCUCACCAAACAUGAUCAAGAUGCUGUGGCAUACUUCCUAGAGGCAGUCAAGGAAUUUCUCAGCAGUCCUGACGUAAAGAACGCUGAGUACAUUGUCCAAAUUUGCGGCCAGAUUCUCGGCGGAUCAUCAACCAACAAUUUAAAAUGUGCCGCUCAGGAAGUGCUCCUACAUCCUUACCUUUGCGAAACGUCACCAGAUGCACUGGCCCUCAUCAGCGGUUUAUCAUCACAGAAUGUGCUGCCAACUCAGCGUUUUGCCGAUCAAGAGCUUGAACUACGGACCAUUCGCUUAAAUCUCGUGCCCAGCAAUACCACUGUUGAUAGCAGUGGUCAUACUCUGCACAGUGUCCGACUCUGGGCCGAUGACUGCAAUCAUGCUGUUGCCGGGAAUGGGGUCCAUUCACGACAAGCAGCAGCGCUUGCUCUGCAACGAGUAGGUCGCGGAUGGAUCCUCUUGAGCUCUGAGCCUAGCUUGGAUACACAUUUCCGCCAUUUGUGCCUUGCAAUCUACGACCUGCUGAAUGACGACGACGAAGAUGUCCGGAUUGCAGCUUCUCGCACAGCCGUCCAAAUACUGCUCACGACCGACACUCAAACACAGAACGUGUCUGAUCUCGAACCUAUCACCGCAUCACAAAGACUUCUCAGCUUUUUGAUCCGCCGCUGGGCCCGAUCGCAGGACUUCUUCCGAGAGGCCUUCACGAGAGUCUUUGUGAAUUUAGAGCCGGUCACCGAACAAAUCACUCGUCAUUCUCAGACCGACCAGGCGCUCUUUGUAGAAGAAAAACAGAAUCUCUACAUCGACGAUGCCCGGGAGAUUGCCGUUUGGUCGCAAGUGGUGAUGAAGCUAUCAUGGCCCGAAGCAGUGGACCAAACCCUGGCCAAAGGGCUGGGCGCAUGGGCAGAGCAGGGGAUACCGUCAUUGCGAAGAGAUGGCACGGCACUGGUGGCCAAAGCGGAGACUUUCACUCUCGGCCUGUCGGUCAUUUAUGGCGCGGAGAUCUUACUUCGAUUGAGUGCGGCCGGCAUAUCUCCCGUUCGCCCUUCGGAGAUUCGGGCCACACUGAUCUCAUGGAUCAGUGAGCUUGACAAGAGCGGUGAUUCUGGCACGUGGAGGAGCGAACUCGAGAGAGUGCUGCAGCAAUCUCUGCGCUUGAAAUUGGGCAAGUUGAACUCGGUGCUCGAAGACGUGCUGGCACAACAUGAGCCGACGAUCUGAAAGUGCAUACAUAGACGUCAUCGCCAUUGUCACAUCGCACAGAUAAUUCAUGCCACACAUGACAAAGGGUAAAUGCAAUUCGUUUCUGCACAUGUGGUCCUGUUCACAAUCCCAUAGCUGCCUCAUUCUAUUUUUCUAUUUCCCAUAUCGCGUAAACGCCUCACCCUCGUGCCGCUGGUUGCGGCAGUAAACGCCAGCCAAAUCCAAUGUCAUGUCCUGUGAAUCCGGUGUUCACCCGGGUAUGUAGUAUCAUAAACUAACAAAAAGCUCGCGGCAGCCUCGGGCGCCUUCCACGAACAAAGCAAAAGUUCCCCUCCGGCGGUUUUACCACGCGAU